AAUGCGCUGCAGAGACCACACCGUUAUCGCUGCAUGCCACUCAGACGAGACCGUCGGUCGAUAGAUGCACUGAUCGUUUGCAACAAGAGCCGCGUUUGAGGUUGCAAUGCUAUCUUUUGGGAGAUAUUCAGGGCAUUUUGCUCACGCCAUGGGCUGACGAACGUUCCUGACUAAACCACGUCGCGUUACAUGUGGUGCUCGUCCAAAACUCUGUUGAGGAAACUGCUUUGAGUGGUCCCUUCCGGCAGCAACCGGUCGACAUUGAUGUCAUCGCAUCGUAGACCUGAACCCUUAAAGCACUCGCAGCACCCACGUCAACAACACCAGAAUACUACUGUUUCUUAGAUUCAAAGCUUACACAGGUCGUCUCCCUUGGCACAAUGGCUCAAGACCUGAGAUCACAGAACAUCAAGAACCCAAUUGACGUUGCGGAGUACCUCUUUCGACGCCUGAAGGAGGUCGGUGUUGAGUCAAUUCACGGUGUCCCCGGUGACUACAACCUUGUUGCUCUCGACUACAUCCCCAAAAAUGGACUGAAGUGGGUUGGCAACUGCAAUGAGCUCAACGCAGGCUACGCAGCCGAUGGCUAUGCCCGUGUGAAGGGCGUCUCCGCACUCGUCACCACAUUCGGUGUUGGUGAGCUGUCUGCGGUCAACGCAAUUGCGGGUGCAUACUCAGAAUACGUCCCCAUUGUUCACAUUGUUGGCUACCCGUCGACGUUAUCACAGAGCGAUGGCGCUCUUCUGCACCACACGCUCGGCAACGGCGACUUCACCGUCUUCUCGAGAAUGUCCAAGGAGAUCUCUUGCGCUGUUUCCAUGCUAAACAACAUACACGAGGCAGCGACUCUCAUCGACAACGCUGUUCGGGAAUGCAUUCUCCACUCAAGACCGGUGUACAUCUCCCUCCCGACAGACAUGGUACAGAAGAAGGUGGACGGCGACAGGCUUAAUACACCGCUUGACCUGCACUACCCAGCAAAUGAGCAAGAGCGAGAAGACUACGUAGUAGACGUUGUUCUCAAGUACCUCCACGCUGCGAAAAACCCCGUCAUCCUGGUCGACGCCUGCGCCAUCCGGCACCGAGCACUCAAGGAGACCCACGAACUGGUAAAGAAGUCUGGCCUACCCACCUUCGUCGCGCCAAUGGGCAAGGGUGCCGUCGACGAAACUCUUCCCAACUUCGGCGGUGUCUAUGCCGGCGACGGUAGCAACAAGGGCGUCCGUGAGCGUGUCGAGUCCUCGGACCUAGUCCUCAGCAUCGGUGCCAUCAAAUCCGACUUCAACACCGCCGGCUUCACAAUCCGCCAAUCCCAACUCAACACAAUCGACUUCCACAGCUACGGCGUCAAAGUCCGCUACUCAGAAUACCCAGGCGUCCGCAUGAACGGCGUCCUCGCCAAAGUAACCCAAAAGCUCGGCCAACUCAACAUCGAAAAGGGCCCCGACCCCAAUAACGACAUCCCCACCGAGGAGCUCGAGUCACCCGAGCCCACAAUCACACACGCCUGGUUCUGGCCGCGUCUCGGCCAAUUCCUGCAGAAAUCCGACAUCAUCCUAACAGAAACCGGCACCUCCAACUUCGGCAUUUGGGAAACUCGAUUCCCCGCCGACGUCAACGCCAUCAGUCAAGUGCUAUGGGGCAGCAUCGGCUACGCAACCGGUUCGUGUCAGGGGGCCGCGCUCGCGGCGAAGGAGAAAGGAAUCAAGCGCACCAUCCUCUUCACAGGCGAUGGUAGCUUCCAGCUCACAGCCCAAGAAGUCAGCACCAUGAUCCGCAACAAGCUGAACCCCAUUAUCUUCGUUAUCUGCAACAAGGGGUACACAAUCGAGCGCCUGAUCCAUGGGUGGAAGGACAACUACAAUGAUGUGCAGGAGUGGAAGUACAAGGACCUGCCUGAGGUGUUUGGCGCGCCGAAGGGCAGCGUACUGACAUAUAGGGUGGAGAGUAAGCAGCAGGUUGAGGAGCUGUUCAAUGAUGAGCAGUUUAAGAGUGGUGAGACCCAGAAGAUGAGGUUUGUGGAGUUGGUUAUGCCGUGGAACGAUGCUCCGGCUGCUCUGAAGGGCGUUGCAGAGGCGGCAGCGAGGAAGAAUGCGCAGGUGGAGUAGGAUAUUCAAUGGUUUGAUGGCUUGACGGUAACUUCAGACUCUUCUCAUUUUCAAAUGUUAGCGUUAGCAAAUGAAAUCGUACGAAACAUAAAGCCGGUCUACGCAAAGCAUUUCUGUUGCGUCAACAAAACAGUCUGGUGGCGUCAAAUCAGAUGUGUUUUCCUCCAAGGAUCACAGAUGGAAAACAGAUGGAAAAGCACUAAACAUUCG